GCCCUUCGCCCCCCGGACCAGGGUUUCCAUGCCAACGGAAGGCCCUAACCCGGCCCAGUGUCCCCCUCAGUUAAGCGAAUGAAGGCGAGCCCACCCCUCACCUUCACCGUAAUCGACGUCGAUCGGGUACAUAGAGACCCCCGCAAAAGGCCGGGGCGUCAAGCGCGGGGAGAUGGAGAAGGGGAGAGGGGCAAGCACCAGGCUAGUUGGCCCGUCGACAGGAGACGGGAAGAUGAGCAGCUCGGAGGAGGUGUCCUGGAUUUCCUGGUUCUGUGGUCUCCGUGGCAACGAGUUCUUUUGUGAGGUGGAUGAAGAUUACAUCCAAGACAAGUUCAACCUGACCGGCCUCAACGAGCAGGUGCCGCACUAUCGCCAGGCGCUGGACAUGAUCCUGGACCUGGAGCCCGACGAGGAGCUGGAGGACAAUCCAAACCAGAGCGACCUGAUCGAGCAGGCGGCCGAGAUGUUGUACGGCCUGAUCCACGCCCGUUACAUCCUCACAAACCGCGGCAUCGCCCAGAUGCUGGAGAAAUACCAACAAGGAGAUUUUGGGUACUGCCCCCGGGUGUACUGCGAGAACCAGCCCAUGCUACCCAUCGGCCUGUCGGACAUUCCCGGCGAAGCCAUGGUGAAGCUCUACUGUCCCAAGUGCAUGGACGUGUACACGCCCAAGUCCUCCCGGCACCACCACACGGACGGGGCCUACUUCGGCACAGGUUUCCCCCACAUGCUCUUCAUGGUGCACCCCGAAUACCGGCCCAAGCGGCCCGCCAACCAGUUCGUGCCCAGGCUCUACGGGUUCAAAAUCCACCCCAUGGCCUAUCAGCUUCAGCUCCAGGCCGCCAGCAACUUCAAGAGCCCCGUCAAGACCAUCCGCUGAGCCCUUCCGCCCCCUCCCCCCGCGGCCCCCACCCUGGGUUGUGCGUGCUUUUCUCCCCACAUCCCUCACCCCCAGCCCUGGUUUUUAGUUUAAGUUAAAAGAGAAGUCAUUAUUGUGUCCAGAAACUAUGGAAUAAAAUGGCAAAAAAGGUU